UUAUGUCAGUACAUAAUUUUAAUUCAAGUGUGCUAGAGAAUUUAAUUUUCUUAUAUUGGCAGCACUGCUGGCGUCAAUUUCUACGGUGCACAUUGCUUUCCCGCGUAUUUACACAAAACCUUAAAUAUUUGUUCAUCUGUGAUAUGUGUGUUAUGUGUGAUCUACGUAUAAUAUAUUAUGGUUAAAUAAUAAUGGUUAAUAUUUUGGUAAUAUAAUUGGUUAAUGUAUAAUUUUGUAUUUAUAUUCAGGUGUAUCUGAUGAGUUGUUCGAAAUAGAAAGAGAUCACACGUUUGAUGAAAUAAAAGAAAAUAUUUUGGUAAUAUAUAGUGGCAGCAAGUUUGGCGCCAACACACAGCCUGUGAUAUUAUACACGUGGCGUUACCGCGUUUAUACAAAUACAAUAAUUUCGAAUAUUGUUAUAGUAAUACCGUCUUAGGUCUACUUAGUAAUAAGUACAUAUUUCAAAUUAAAAUGUCCAAUGAAAGGGAAAUAACUGAUUAUACUUCUACAAAUCCACAUCAAAUGACUAUCAAUAUGCAAUACGGUAUAAAUAUAGCAAGAACUCUUAGAAGAAUUCGUAAAAUAAUUGCUGAUGCUGUAAGAUCUUACGAGUAUUCAAAGACCAUAGCACAUGGUCCUUUGUAUAUGGCCAAGUCAAAUUUGAGGAGAAUUUUUACCGAAAUAUCACAAAAUACUUAUAACAAACUUUUGGAAGCAAUAGAUGCUUUACUUUUAAUUAAAAGUGAAGAACAUCAACAAAGAAGGAACUAUGUUGCAUGCAGAAAUUCAAUAGGAAGAGGUCGUCCUGCUAUUCAAAUACAUGAAAACCAAUUGCAAUUAUUAUACAACGAAGGGUUUACCGCUAGCAGUAUGGCAAGAAAUUUGGGUUGUUCGAGAAGUACUAUUUACAAAAAAUUGUAUGAAUUAAAUAUGCCUAUGCGUGCAAGAUAUUCUCAAAUACCUGACAAUGAAUUGAGAACAAAAAUUAUACAAAUUCAUCAAGAACAUCCCAAUGCUGGAUAUAUGAUGAUGCAAUCAUAUUUAAAAGUAAAAGGUAUUCGUAUACCACGAUAUAGAGUGAGAGAAAUUUUAAGCACAAUAGAUCCAGUUGGAACUGCAAGUAGAUGGAGUCAGUCGAUAAAAAGAAGGACUUAUCUGGUUGCAACUCCAAACUCUUUAUGGCACAUGGAUGCACAUUUAAAAUUGUCGAGAUGGGGUUUCGUAAUACAUGGUUGCAUUGAUGGAUAUUCUAGAAUGAUAAUAUAUUUAAUAUGUGAGACAUCUAUUCAAGCAGAACCUGUUGUCAAGUUCUUUAUCGAUGCAAUAAGCAAUUAUGGUCUACCUUCACGAGUACGAUCAGAUCAUGGAUAUGAAAACCUUCUUGUGGCUGUUUUAAUGAAUACAAUCCGUGGCGUACACAGAGGAAGUCAUAUAACUGGCAAGUCUGUUCAUAAUCAAAGAAUAGAAAGAUUAUGGGUAGAUGUCUUUAAAGAAGUUUGCGAUUCUAUUUAUACUGACUUAUAUUCUUUAGAAAAUCAAGGUUUAUUAGAUAUUGAAAAUAUUAAACACAGAUUUUGCGUGCAAUUUGUUUACAAACCUGUUAUUAAUAAAAAGUUAUUGUCAUUUUCAUCUGCGUGGAAUAUUCAUAGCUUAAGAACAGAAAAUAAUAAAACCCCACGGCAAUUAUGGCUGGAAGGAAUAUUAGCAAAUUACAAUACAGCUUCCACAGCAGUGCGUGAUAUUUUUGAUAUCAAUGUGACUUUAUAUGACCGACUUACUGAAUCUUUACAAGCGUUAGGAGUUGAUCUUUCAGUUCCUAUUAUAGAUAGCAAUAACACAAAUCUUCCUUCUUCGUCUUUUACCGCACUAUUAGAUUUAAAUAAUGAACAGAAAUCAUAUUUGGAAAAUAUUGUUAAUACUGCAGAAAGAUCUAAUAUAGAAAAAUAUUUACUAUGUACAAAUUUUUUAACUUCUUAAUAUAUAUUGUAUAAAAAAACUGUAAAAAUAUUAAUCGGCUUGACCUUUGAAGUAGUGUCGCGUCUUUUACGAAUUUGUUCACAAAAUGUGUCCAAAACAAUAAAUAUUUAAAUAAAUUUUUUCAGAUGAGUAACAACUAAUAAAGAAUAAGACCUUAUACAGCUACGUCGGAUGUACGCAAAAUAUAUAUAUAUAUAUGUAUAUGUAUAUAUAUUUUAUAUAUAUACAGAGUGUCCGGUAAUAGCAGUACAAUCUUUUGUAGACAAGUAAAGGAGGUCAAAGUCUUUCUGCAAUAAUUGACAAAGAUGAUAAUUAACAAAGAUUCGUGAAUGAGCGUGCAUUUACGUGCAAACAUGACAGCUCAGUGUUUCGCGCGCUCACGUUAUUACUCCCAUGACAACGGAAUGGGAAAAGCUCUCUCUCUCUCUCUAAUACAACAACAUAUAAUAUAAUACAUAAUAAUCUAGCUCUUCCCAUUAUAAUUAGCUCUUCUCAUUUUGUUGUCAUGGGAGUGACAGUUGUGAGCGUGUGAAACGCUGGACUGUCUUACGCACGUGAAUGCACGCUUAUUUGCGAAUCAUUAUUAAUUAACAUCUCUUUAAUUAUUGCAAAGUUUGCAAAAUAAUAAAGAACGUUUCGACUCAGUAUGAUUUCCUUUAUCUAUCUACGAAAAAUUGUACGGCAAUUACCGGACAUCUUAUAUAAUUCGCACAUACAUUCGGCGUUAAGCUCUAUAAGGUCUAUUCUGUAUUAUUAUUUAUUAGUUGUUUGUCCGAAACAAAUUCACAAAAAGCACGAUACUAAUCUAGCAUUCGGUAUAGUGUAUCACCUGAAAAUCAUGCUGAUUUCUGGAAUAAUUGUGAUUUCGAUGUUCUUUUAAAUAUGCAAACACCUACUGCGACAAAAGUCAUAAAUUGUUUAGUGACUGACCUUUACUUAACAAAUGAAGAAACUGAUGUAUUGCAUUAUUUUACUAUGUACAUUCAAUGUCUUGACAAAGAUAAGCUGGCAAAUUUAGUAUUUUUAAUUACUGGAUUUUUUCUUAUGCCUACCAAUAUUAUUGUACAAUUUAAUGACACAGUAGGUUUAAGCCAAAGAUCAAUAUUUAUUACAUUUACCGAUACUAUAAUCUUACCGAAAACGUAUGCACAUUAUAUGACUUGAAUAUGUGUUUAAAUAUGGAAGAAGUCAAGAAAUAUACGAGCUAUUAAUCAAUUAAUACCAAAAUAUCAUUUACUUUUUACUUAUAUAUAUAGAUUUAAAUCGGAAUACUAUAUCCUGUUAAGAAUGAAUAGAUUAAUACUUAUUUAUUUGGUUAGUGGUCUUGACACAGUUCUAGUGACAGUUUUCAAUUACAGUUUUACAUGAUUAAUAAACAUAACAUAUUAAGAUAUGUACGUAAUACUCUCUCUCUCUCUCUCUCUCUCUCUUUUAAUUUAAAACGAUACAAUUAAAGUGUGAUGAAACUUUUUGGUUCUUUAUUGCAAUUUCUUGUGCAGUUUAUUUUCUUCUUUGAGUAAUUAUAUAAUAAUGAUAUGCAAUAUUCUACGACAGCUGAUAGAGCGUUAAUUUUACAUUUAAACUUUCAAGAAAUUACAUUUUAAUUUUUACCUAAUGUUGUAUAAAAGCGUUUAAAUAAAAGAGUUAUAGUAUUUAUAAUGUCUUGGUCUGCGUAAAAAUUGCACAUGUAUUUUAUGUAAAAUGAAGAUUAUACUUAAUAUUCAAUUAUUUGAUAAUUUACUUACAAGCUAUAUCACUGAUGUUAAAUAUAGACGUCAUUUUCAACAACUAUUAUACAUAUUAUCCCCGCCGGAUUUAAUUAUACACAAUCGAGUUAUACACAAAAAUAUUCUUACCACUAUGUAUUAAGCAAUAGACCAACUAUCACAAUGAAUUUCAAAAGUACAUGCUUAGGUGCGAGCGCACAAAGGAACGCUUAUUUUGUGCGCUCUUUCACAUAAAAAAAAGAGAAAAAAUAUUAACAGUAGAAUGUUGUCCUGUUUAGAAGUUAUACACUUAUGUGUCAAAUAAAUCAAGAAGAACGAGAUUUUUCAUCCUUGGUGAAAGCUACUGGAAGAAUAUUCAGGAGAAAUAACAUUAUAUCUAAUUAAAACCUUAAAUAUUUGUUUAAUAAUAUGAUGUGUAUGAUCUAUCUACGUACAAUCUAUUUUCUAAGCAAAAGUGUUUGAUGACACGGAAAUAGCUAAUCGUCUGUUAAAAAUAGUAGCUACUGCGUCAAACAAAUCAACACAAGAAGAACGAGACUUUUUAUUUUUAAUGACAGCUACUCGAGGAAAGUUUAGAAAAACUGAUAUAUCUAGUCCAAAUAGAAGAGGUAAGAGAAAGAAGACAUUUAACAAGAAAGUAGUUUUAAUGAAAUUAGCACACGCCGAUUUUUUCCCAUCCAAUGUCGAAUUACAAUUUUUGAAACAGAGAGGACUAGGUUUA